UGUAUGUCAAAAAGUAUGGCUAUUAGAAUUAUUUUAAAAUCUUAGAUUUUGGGAGAGAAAUUUUGUAUGGGAAAUCUCGCUUUUUAAUUGCGGAUUGGGAGUUAAGCACGAAAAAGUAGAUCAUCUACUUAUAUGUAAACGUAUUAUAAGAGAAUAUUUAUAUUUGUCGGCGGUUUUUAGUUUUUUGUUUUGGCUUAAUGAAAAAAAAAAACGGUUCUGCUACCUAGCCAUAUUUGUAACCGGUAUCAUCUCCAUUACCUUUUACAUCUCAAUAGGAAGCAGAGCUAAGGAUGCGGAAGUCGUACAAAGUUUGUGUUAUAUUAAAGAUUAAUUCUGUGGCAGCAUAAAAAUGUUUAUAAAAUUUAUAGUGAUUAGGCAAACAAUGCAGACGUGUGUGUAGUUUAAUAUAUAGAGAACGGUAAAUAAACAGUGAAUGUCCAAAUUGGUCAACUUUCGGCGAACGUUAGGAGGGAAAUCGAUUUUUCCAUCUGCAACAACGACACACAACAACAGCAGAGCAAAGGCAAUGAGGUUGGUGUAAAAUCGGUUACCUUUUUUCAGCUGCUCAGUGCGUACAUUACCAUUAUAAUUUAGAUAAAUAUGAAAUAAAGUUAGUAUGCCUGUUUUGCAACGACGCUGCUGGAGUGCAUCGAAAUUACUCUAAGCCUGCUAAGGAAAACUCGGUAUAAAUUAUUAAACAACGAUGCCUGAAAAUUUGGAACUACAUCAGUUUGUCGAUGGUUUUCGCCAUGGCGAGACUUCACACAGGUUACUUACACGCCUCAAGGCAACAUUUAACUGCCCUUAUUUGGGAAUCAUACUAGCUACUCUCUCCUCGCUUUUUUUCUCGCUAUGCUCAGUUAUAGUAAAGGGAUUAGUCGACGUAAAUCCAAUGGAGCUUGCCUCAUUUCGGUUUAUAGGUGUAUUACUUCCCGCUAUACCCAUUGUCGUCUACACACGUCAUCCUGUAUUUCCUGAAGGCAAGCGUGUUAUACUACUGCUUCGCUGCUUUAUGGGCACCACCGGACUAAUGUUAAGUUUUUAUGCCUUCCGUCAUAUGCCACUUGCCGAUGCCAGUGUUAUAAUAUUUUCAACACCUGUAUUUGUUGCCAUUUUUGCGCGCGUCUUUCUCAAGGAGCAGUGCAGUUUUUUUAAUAUAGUAACUAUCAUACUUACGCUGGUCGGCGUUGUUCUCAUUACACGCCCACCAUUUGUUUUUGGCGACACUGCGCCUUCACUAGAGACUGAACGCUUUUCGGGAAAAACCUACGACAUUUGGGGUCCAGUUGCAGCCAUAUCGUCCACAUUAUUCGGUGCCAACGUAUAUAUAUUGUUGCGGGCUCUUAAAGGAUUGCAUUUCUCUGUCAUAAUGGCAAACUUUGGCGGAUUUGCGCUUGUCUACACUUUCAUUGUGUGCGGCUCGAUUGGCGCUUUGUGCUGGCCAGCAUGUGGACGUGACCGUUGGCUAGUUGUGGUUCUUGGUAUUUUUAGCUUUUUAGGCCAAAUAUUGCUGACAUUAUCAUUGCAAAUAGAACAGGCCGGACCAGUGGCUAUUGCACGGUGCGCCGAUAUCGUAUUCGCAUUUAUAUGGCAAAUAAUGUUCUUUGGUGAAACUCCCACGGGCUUUUCGCUUUUAGGCGCCUUGCUGGUGGUAAGUUCAGUGAUAUUAACAGCACUGAAGAAGUGGGCAUUAUCGCUACCGCGCGAGUCUACAGCUAGAAAACGAUUACGCUAUUUGUUGCUGGAUUAAAGUUCACUUAAACUCCUUCAUAUUAGAAUAUACGAAAAAUACUACGUUAAUCAUAGAAGCGCAUUGUGGUUUCUCUCAUAGGACUAUAAUUAUAAUAUUGCAUCUUCACAAAAAAUAAACCAAACGAAAUAUUGAGAAUUAAAAAAACAAAAAAAAACGGUAAUUUUAUCAAACCUAAAGGAAAUGAACUUUAGAUUGUACUUAAUUAAAGUGAGGCUGGCAUAUAAAAAAAAAAUCGAGAAAAAACGAAAAAGUGUUUCAAAAAAUAAAAUCAAUACAUACAUAAAUACAAUAUUUAAUAAAUUCCACGUAGAAAAUGAAAUGUAUUAUUAUAAUGUAUGUAUUUAUGGAUCAUCUUGAUUCAUUCAAUACAGCACCAGUUCCAUUCAAGACGUACUUUUUAUGAAUAAAUGUACAAUUACACUUUAUUUUUGUUAUGCAUAUGUAUUGUACAUACAAUAUUUUGUAAGACAGCCUGUUGAUUUAGAAAAUAGGUAAACUAUUUUAUUUUAUUCAUUAUAUUUUGUUGUUGGAAACUCUAAUGUUAUUGUUAAUUGUAUGGUAUGUAAUAUACAUAUAUAUUUACAUGUAAAUUUUGGUAUUAAUUCUUUACGUAUACUUUCGGACGCAAAAUGUGAUGAUUAUUGUUUUAUUUUAAUUCGUAAACCUGUGUACAUAUAUAUACAUCGAGUUAACUUCAUUUUCAUAAAGAUUAUGUAAAGAUCAUUUUGUAAAAAAAAACAAAAUUAAAAAAUAUA